GGUAUAAACCCUGCUUGACUGUUCCGGGGUGGAACAUACGAAACGUAAUUGUGUUUGUCCUCCGCGGUGUUCCGUAGUCGGGGGCUCACAGAUAGGUUUCUGAAAACACAGCGUAUUGUUGGUUAGUUUGUUUGGUUCGCUAGUAAAUUGUACUUUGGUAGGGAAUUGUGCAAGUGCACAAUCUUACCAGUAAAUUAAUUUAUUACAAUGGCAUACCAGCUCUACAGAAAUACGACGCUAGGAAACAGUCUGCAAGAGAGCCUUGACGAGCUGAUUCAGGUAAGCUAGCGGCUAUGCUAGCUUCCAAGCUAACGCUAGCUAGAUAAUUAGCUAUCUGGUUGCACUGCUGUUUGGGAUAGCAAAUUAAGUUAGCGAGGUAAUUAUGAAGACACGUUAUCCAUCGUUAACUUCGUUAUCUCCAAGGCGUUAUCUUUCACGAGAAAUAACGGGUUAGUUAGCUAGUUACAUUAUCGUCUUCGAUAUCGCUAGCUAACUAGUUAGCCACGCUAAACAAGAAGCGUCUCCAUAAAUGGCUGUGGUGACGUCUGAUUUGAAGAAGCUAGAUCACAAGCUAAAAUAUGAGCCCGAGAAAGCUCUAAUUUGCAGGCUCAGUUUUGAUUAGCUAAAUUAAGAUGGCUAAUGUGUUUCCCCGAAGUCAGUAGUGAUGAGUAUUUGGAUUCACUACAUUUGCAAUGCUAGUAACUGGCUCGUUAGUUAGCUAGUAUCCGCGCAUGCGCCGACUAGCUCAGUAAAUUCGUGAUUUCUGGUUCAAGCCUCCCUCCAACACUUCUUAAUAACUAGCUACAAUACUUUACCAGCUACUGUUAGCUACUCAUCUGAAAACAGUAGCACGGUAUAUUUCUUACAAUGUUCACUUGAGUCAUGAUUAAAUGGAAAAAACGGUUUACCUAUUUUCUAGACCCAACAGAUCACUCCCCAGUUAGCACUUCAGGUUCUCCUCCAGUUUGACAAAGCCAUCAACACGGCACUGGCCAACCGGGUUCGCAACAGGGUCAACUUUAAGGUGAGUACUGGGUUGUAUUCACUAGGAAGCAAACGGAAUGAGGAAGAGACCUGAAUUUGUCCAAUAGAAACUCUAUUUUUCGUUGCCAAACACAACUGUUUGCAAUUGUUUGGACUAAUUACUACUCCCCUGUUUGCACCUACCAUAAAAAAGGACAAGGGCUGGUACAGGGACAGGCUUUCUCUCCAGCCAAAGCAAUAUCACGCUGAUUCAACAAAGUCUGUAUUGAAGGUUAUGGUUAAAUCAAAUCAAAGUUUAUUUGUCACGUACACAGUAUAAACGGUGCAGCAAAAUGCUUACUUGCAAGCUCCCUCAACGGUGCAGUACAAUAUCAAUAUAAUCAAAGUCAAAUAAAACAAUUACAAGCAGUAGAAGAAAGUAGUAGAACUUAUAUGUACACAACUGGUUAGUUGAAACAGAUGUGACUGUUUUGGCUGGAGCAAAAAGCCUUCACCCACAACGCAGGUCUUGCAGAUAAGCUUGGCCAUCCCUGGUUGAAAAUGAGCUGAAAUCAUAGCUGGACCUUUGUACACCUGUGAUGCGUUAACAUUCUCUCGCCUCUAGGGGUCACUAAACACCUAUAGAUUCUGUGACAACGUGUGGACCUUCGUUCUGAAUGAUGUGGAGUUCAGGGAGGUGACGGAUCUGGUCAAGGUGGACAAAGUCAAGAUAGUCGCCUGCGAUGGGAAAAGUAGGAUCACUUUUUUUUAUCUCUCAGGCCUUUUCUCUUCAUCAAACAGACUAGAUUGUCUUUUUAUAUUUGGAAGCGACAUGUGCAAAGUUAAUUACUAUUUCUCACAAUUACUAUUUAGACCACCCGUGCAGAUUCUCAUUUGAAAUUCACCAUUUAUUCCCAUACUAACCUGAACAGCUUCUUUUCUCUUAUCAGACACUGGAAACGCUGCAGAGUGAACGGAAGACGAUGGCGUCAGCUGAGACGUUACUGACGAAGAAGAGGGUGGAGAGACCACCGUAUGUCACAGACAGACAGGACUGUAUAUAUAUAAUUUAUGACAGUAAUUUCUGUAAAGAAGAUACCCUUAAACCCCUUUUGUGUGUAUAUGACCAUCUGAAUCAAUGGGAGUGAUCAAGGAAAGGGUGAAUGGACCAGUCAAGGCCUUGGAUAUUGCUUGCAUGUUUUUUUUGUUUUUUUUUUA